AAAUGGCAACCGAUAUCUUCAGCAUAGAACCCAAGAUAUGCACAGCAAAUAAUUUUCAAAAAGAGAAAUCUCUAACAAUUGCAAAAAUGACGGAAGAUGAAAAUGGCAUACAAAAUGAAAAUAAAGUCCAUACAAAGGUCGAAAAAUGGUUCAAUUUUAAGACAGAGUUGAAGUGGAUGAAUAUCAUACAUCUUUUUCUUUUACAUGGGGGUUGUCUGUAUUCGUUGUUUAAUUUUAGUUGGUCUGAAAAUUGGAAGACAACCGUUUGGAUAUUUAUCGUGGGUACAUUACAAGCAAUCGGUAUAAACGGUGGUAUUCAUCGUUUUUGGACUCACCGAGCUUAUAAAGCGAAGUGGCAGCUCAGAGUUAUAUUACUUAUUUUCUACUGCAUAGCUGGCCAGAAUAAUCCUUUUGAGUGGGUGCGAGAUCAUCGAGUACACCAUAAGUACACAGAUACAGACGCGGAUCCACACAAUAGCAACCGAGGAUUCUUUUUCUCUCAUGUCGGCUGGUUAAUGAUGAAAAAGCAUCCAGAGGUGAUACAAAAAGGUAGUCAGAUUAAUAUGACUGACGUAAUGGCGGAUCCCAUUUUCGUAUUCGGUCGCAAACAUUUCUUGAUAUUAAAGAUUGUUUUCGCUUUCUUGCUACCGAUUUCAAUACCCGUGUACGCAUGGAACGACAUCUGGUCCAGGGCCGUUAUGUCACAGAUUUUUCGUUACGUACUCGGUUUGAAUUUCACGUGGAGCGUUAACAGUGCAGCUCACUUGUUCGGUUCGAAGCCAUACGAUGCAGAAAUCAACCCGUCGGAGAACAGACUCGUGGCGUUUUUGGCGUGUGGCGAGGGUUGGCACAAUUAUCAUCAUGUGUUCCCAUGGGACUACAAGGCGGCUGAAUUAGGCGAUUAUAAAUUGAAUAUCACCACGAUGUACAUUGACCUAUUCGCGAAGAUCGGCUGGGCAUACGAUCUGAAGCAACCAUCAAAAGAGCUCGUGAAAACUGUUAUUACGAAAAGAGGAGACGGGAGUCAUUGGAGUAUUGUAUCGAAUGCAAACAAUAAAAUUGAGUAAUAAAGAUUAAUAAUUUUUCAGACGAUUCAUCUGCAUGUCACACGAUUAUGGUAACUUAGACAUUUAUGGAAAUUUUGAAAAUUCUGUGAAAAAAUACUGAAAAAUUUGUGUUCCACAUAAAUUGAAAAUAUUCAGUGAAUUAUUCACAGUUUUUAGUUCCAUUUAUAAUCUGCUUGCGGUGUAACAAACACAAUAUUUAAUCAUCAAAAUCUUGUUAACCGUAAUGAACACAAAAAGUUCCUUUUGAGAGUUAAAAGUUCUAGUAAUAUACCUUAUUUAAAAAAAAAGAAACUUUUCUAACACGUCGCAUAGUUAAGACAUGGUCAAGUACAUCAAAAUAGCCCUUUUUUACAACUUUGAUCUUAAAUUUCUCAAAAUUGUGACGUGAUGGAGCAUUUUUGAAACCGGCAUUGUAUUCAGCAUCAAAAAGACUAUAAAAGAAGAUAUCUCGCUUUCUUGAGUUUUUUUUCUGUUGUACUGUGUAAUGUCAACACCAUGCAAAGCAGCGAUUAAAUUUAUAUCUUAAUACAUUUGUAAUACAACAGUGAGGAAGGCCUGAUUACAGGUCGAAACGUCUGUUCUGAAUAUUCUGAUUUGAAAUAAAUACGCACGUUCAUCCAUAGGCGUUUUGCACCUCAAAUUUUUCAUUGUUUUAAAUUUACCUAGUUUUUAAAACUGAAAACGUAAAGAAAAGUUACGCUUUUUACCAAAAUAUCAUCGGGGAAAACCAGAGGUUUCCUCCAAUGGUAUUUUGGUGAAAAGAAUAACUUU